AUGAAUUUAUUAUGCCGUGCUAUCCCUAACUCAGUCCCGUGCAGCGAAGGCAAGUUCAAGUGCGCCAACCAUCGCUGCAUCAACGCGGGCUACAGGUGCGACGGCGACGACGACUGCCGUGAUGGCAGCGAUGAACUUGAGUGUAACCUUUUCCCGUGCGGCGGAUUCAAGUUCAAGUGCGCCAACUAUCGCUGCAUCAACGCGCGCUACAGGUGCGACGGCGACGACGACUGUCGUGAUGGCAGCGAUGAACUUGACUGCAACCUUCCUGGCAGUGCUUGCAUGAUAACUCAGUUUGAGUGCAAGAAUGGCAACUGUAUCAAAGCUAGCUUCGUCUGUGACGGCGAUAACGACUGCAACGAUAUGAGUGACGAGGAAAACUGUCCCGAAAGUUGAGGCGUCCGGUCCAGGUUCUCCAGCUCUCAUCCGGUGAUACUGUUUGGCUGACGCACAUUUGACAACGACCAACAUGCAAUACAAAUAAACAUACUCCUACAUACCACUACACAUGCUUCCAUAUAGUGAUAUCAUAAAACUUUCAUCACUUUAUUGUUAUCAGCUUCAAGUUACUUGUUUAUAAUUUCACCUAAACUUUCCAACCAUCAUCAAGAAGUUGGAAGGUUUUUGAGUUCAAAAUAAGCUCAUUUUAGCUGCCGGUGCAGCUAAUGGCUGUCAUUGAUUCUGAUUGGUCCUCGAAUCUUGAAAGGAUCUCAGAGCAAAGCUGAUUGAAUUCAGAUCUACUGUUUCAUCGGCAGUUACUGUAAUGUAUCAAAUCAUUGCAUGUAUUCAGCUUUGUCCGUUAAAUUAUUAGCUGCAUUCUUACAUUUUUUCAGUGAAAUUUCAAGAUCUAAAUAAAUUAGGUACUCGUAUAGUAAGUAUUAGCUAACACUCGUAAUCUGCAGAAGACAACAGAAAAAUUUUUGUAUGCAAAUAAUUAUUCAUUCAAUUGAAUUUCUGUCUGGUAUAUAUUAAUACAUCUUCAUUUUUUAGCAAGUAAGCACACACUUUCGAUAUUUUGCUUCCAUACAGACGAAUUCGCUUU